UUGUGAAGUUCUAUAUUUAUUGAUUACUGAAUUACUAAACGAAUACAUAUUUUUUAUAUCUAACAUCAAUAAAGGAAAAAUUUUAAAUGCAGUUUUAUAAAUCAAUUUAGACAAAGAUUUGACGUGACAUAUAAUAUCAUCAGUGCAAAUAGUAAGUGUCAGUCGCAUAUUACCUACAGUCUACAGUACAGAUCUGAUGUUUUACGUUGCCUUUGCGAACACAUAAAUGAAAUACAAUUUAAUGGAUACGGGUUGUCUGUCAAAUGUAUUAAUGUUGAUUCAAGAUUCAUCGUAAAAAAAAAUUUAAUACUACUUCGCGGAUAUGUGCAAUGUUUUUGUUGGUAUCAAAUAUAUUUUUCCAAAAUUCUCAACUAAAAUACUUAAAAAAUCUAUUCCUUAAAAUAUGAAUACAUUAUGCACAUGGCAGCAAUAUAUGAUGUUGUAAUCAAAGAUGUCAGUUCUUGAGAAGCAACGCUUCCUUUGAAGUGUUCAAGUUCAAGAGGCCUGCUAAGGCACAAUGAAAGCCAUUGUAUCAAUUACAUUGAUCGUGCUGUUAUAUGGGAUAAACUCAGUACCCAUCAGUGCCAUUAGAAUAUGUGCCAGCAGAAAAAAAAAUAAUGAAAAUUUUCUCUUAAAACAAAAUACACCCAGUGUACCUGAAGAUUUACUCAAUGACAGUAAUGUAAUUCAUACUGGAAAGGAUGAUAAUAUUAAUUUUGAAAAAUGUACUAAUUUUUGCCAUGCAUUGUGGCAAGAAGAGAAGACUGCAAAUGGAACCAAAAUUAUCAUUUUAUCUCAAGGUUGUUGGAAACAGUCUGGUGAACAAAAAUGUGAAACAACAGAAUGCAUUGCCCUUCAACGUUCUACUAAAGCACUGAAUAAUACAAAAUUUUGUUGCUGUCAUGGAGAUUAUUGUAAUCUUAAUAUCAAUAGUACUAAUAUCUUAUACUCUGAAAAUAAUGCACAUAGUUCUAUUCCUGCAGAAAAUAAUCAACCAACAACUGAAUAUUUGGAACAAUCAGAUUCUGGGAAAUGGAUUGUUAUCAUAACAAGUGUUCUACUAUGCAUAUUAUUAGUAAUAUAUAUUGUAGCUAUAAUGGUAUAUCGUGUAUAUCAUAGUAAUAUGAUAGCAAGAUUAGGAAAACCACUUUCCUAUACAGAUCAGUUUAUGGAUAGCACGGCACUAAGAACUGGUACUUAUACAGUAGAUCAUUUGAAGCUUACCACAAUUGUAGGACAAGGACGGUAUGGAUCGGUAUGGCAAGGCAGCAUGGGAGAUCAAGAUGUCGCUGUAAAAAUAUUUCCUUCCCAUUAUCGUAAUUAUUUCCAAAAUGAGAGAGAUACUUAUUGUCUUCCCUUUAUGGAACACCCAUCUCUUCUAAGUUAUUAUGGUGUUGAUGAAAGAAUCAGUAUGGAAGGUAGUGUUGAAUAUCUUUUAGUACUUAGCUUUGCACCAGGUGGUACUUUAACAGAUUUUUUAAGAACGCAUACAAUUGAUUGGGCCACAUUUUGCAAAAUGGGUCUUUCUAUGGUGAAAGGACUUGCUUACUUACACACUGAUAUACAUAAAAGUGAUAAAUUUAAGCCGUGCAUUGCACACAGAGACAUUAAUUCGAGAAAUAUAUUGAUCAAAGCCGAUGGUACUUGUUGUAUAUGCGAUUUAGGAUUAGCAGUUCAAAUUUCUGGUUCUAAAUAUUAUUCAAAUGGAGAAGCACAACAUGCCGAGAUAAAAUCAAUCAACGAUGUCGGUACUUUGAGAUAUAUGGCGCCAGAAAUAUUAGAAGGGGCUGUAAAUUUAAGAGAUUGUGAAAGCUCUUUAAAACAAAUAGAUGUUUAUGCAAUGGGCUUAGUCUUAUGGGAAUUAGUUUCAAGAUGCUCAGAUAUUUACAUAUUAGGAUCAGAAGUACCUCCUUAUAGACAACCAUAUGAGAAAGAAAUUGGUCUUCAUCCAACAUUUGAACAAAUGCAAGUUCUAGUUUCUCGUAAUAAAGCAAGACCUUUACUGGAAGGUAAUUUAGUGGACAGGCCCGGAGUACGUUUAAUUAAGGAAACAAUGGAAGAUUGUUGGGAUGCAGACGCAGAAGCUCGAUUAACUGCUUUAUGUAUAGAAGAGCGUCUUUCGGAAUUACAAUCUCAUCGAGUGCCUUCAACCACAAACAGCCUUUAUAGCGAAUCUUCGUAUCAUGAUAAUGUUCACGUCACUCAACUUGCAUCGCACGCAGUACAAGACAGUUCGAGUAACGAAGGAGGCAUUGUUGAAAAUUUGGUAACAUUAUCGCCUUCUGAAAGCAUUGUCCAUGAGCAUAGCUUUAAAAAUUCAAAUGAAGUGGCAAUAUAUAAUCAUACUCAAACACUUCAACCUUAUCAAGGGCGAAACCCUUGUAUGGAACGAAAUUUAAUGUUACAGUCAGAUUCACUUGAAGAUUUAGGGUGCAAUGGUAAUGUACUCGUUGAUAAAUCUAUGAAACAUGCGUGUAAUGAUCAGUACAGAAUUGUAUCAGAAGCACAAGGACUUGUUUCACAUGAUUAUUUGAGUCAACACACGACGCAAUUAACCCAGCUAAGACCAGCUACACCUAUACCAUAUGUCCAAAAUGUUAUUUCGGAUGAUGGUGCAUCAUCAUAUGGUAAAAGAAAACAGACAAACGUACAUGAAGUUUGUCCGCAAGAUAGCCCCAGAAAAAAAUUGUUUGGAUGGUCAAAUUUUAAAAAACUACUUGUUAAUAAAAAGAUGUAUCCAUAUAAUAAGUAUCAAAUAGAUCGAGAGGAUUCUAAAUCUAACUUAUUGUCAAAACAGAACGUACAGAUCAAAACUGUAGAGACUAAUGUAACGAUAUCCCCAGCAGGGAAAUAUGUAAAUGGUAUUAUUACAAAAACACCUACUUUUAGCCCUACGCUAGAUAAGAAUGAUAAGAAUGCUAUACAAAUUGGUAAACAGAAAUUUGAUAAUGAUAAUACAAAUACCCGACCAUCUACCUUGCCCCUCGUAAAUCUAAGAAAUAAAAAAAGUGAAAAUAUCAGUAGACAGGAAAGCAUCGAUAAAUUCAACGAAGUUUUUAACGUGGGAUCUAAUGUAAACGUAUUAAAGGAUCCACAUAUGAGAAUAAAAACGCCGGGAGAUUUGCCGCCUUCUGUAAGAAAAAUACGUGGUCGCGGACAAUCAAGUGCUAGAUUUUCUCUUUAUGAUGACCGUAUGAUGUGCAAUAUUUUAAGCGAGGAAGACGACCGAAGUGAUAAAGCUAUUUGGAAUUCAGUACCAUUUGGCAUGGAUCUUGGCGACAGCGAUGACAAACAUUCGUCGACUAAAUUUAGUACCAAAAAUGUUACUUGCUUUUAAUCUAAUAUAGUACUAACAUAUUUGUAAAGAUUUUAGAAAUAAGCGUAAACAGGGCUGUAUUAUAAAUUCAGCUUCAAUAUGUGUAUGUACAGAAAAAUAUACGUAAUGAUAAGUCAAAUUUUAUACUCUUAAUGGAAAUGCAUUAUGAAAAUUCAAAUAUUAAAGAAAAGAAGGAAAAACAAAUAAAAAAAGACAACAAAAUAUACUCAAAUAAUAUUAAGACAUUAAAGGAGCUAUUGAAUAAUUUACAUUAAUUACUUAGUCCUUAUAAGUAUAUUUUAUGCUUAAAGGAUCUUUUUCUUGCAUAACAAAUAGCUAUUCGUAAAUCUUAUAUCAAUGUUAAUAUUAAUGUUCCAUACAUUCAAAGUAGCAGCGAAAAGUUCAUUAGGAAUGUAUUUUGAUACACAUAGUGAGUGUAUAUUAUAAUCCCCAUUGUCAGCACAUAGCUAUCUUAAAUGUUUAUAAUUUUUAUGAAUUAUACACAAUUAUUCCAAGAAAAUCGGUGUGAAUUGUUUAUCAAGAUAUACAAUAUAAGACAAUUGUUCUUAACAUAGAACUCUUUUUCUAAAUUUAAAUCUUAUCCAUAUAAUCAUUAAAGUUGAAAGACAUAUUUCUGAGAAUUAGAAAAAAAGUUAUAAAUUCUAAUGCACAAAGUGUUUUUUCCUUUAAACACCUUUAUGUUUUUCACAAAAGGGAGAUUAUGGUUAAUACAUAAAAGUGUGCAUUACAGCAUAUAAUUACAUAAAAUAAAAGCAAUGUAAAAAUGUACUUUACAUUCAAAUGGAAAUUACAAUUGUCUAAGCACAAAAUUCGUACUUUCCGUAAGCUCAAUGUAAAUAUUUGUAGCAUAUAAACAUUUUAAUAUAUGAAUUAAACAAG